AUACAAACAGGAAGUACCGGAAUUGUAGUGGCGCUGCUGCAUGGCAACACACACAAGAACACGAGCAACUAUUCAAAACAAAUAGUUAGGGUGGUUUAAUAUAACUAAAUAUACGCAUUAUUAUACAAAAAGGAUAUGCAAAUGUUAAAAGGACUGAUUAAUCGAGCGAAUGGAUUUGAACGAAGGAUCUGUUUUGGGCGUGUUCACAUGCGAGCUGUGUGAAUUGUCCAGUCCGUACUCAUUUUAUGGACACAAACCUCCCAACACAAGAGCUAUAGUGCUUUUAGAAGAAUGUUAUGGAAUGAGAGAUCCCUUUAGCCCAGAGAGAGAAAAGUUCCUCGUUUUAGGAUCAAAGUGCUGUGUGUGUAGUAAGAUGGUGUGUGUUAGCAUGGACUGCAGUCUGUUCUAUACCAAACGCUUUUGCUUGCCAUGUGUGCGGAAUCACCUCCAUCAGUUUCCAGAACAGAUUCAAAAUGAGCUGGCAAAGAAAAGGAAUGUCCAAAAGAUGUCCUAACUUCUCAUCAGUCUGGAUAAGAGGACAUUCAUGAACCUAACAUCUUUCUUGACAUAAUAAAAUAAUACAUGUUUUAAUUUGCA